AUGCCGAUGGCGUUGCGUGGCGUGGUGCUUUGCUUGCUGGAUACAGGCCACGGCCGCACUGCAAUUGAGGCCGCCAAACGCUUACAUGCACUCAAACAAUCUGAUGCUGAGGCGAACCUGCUGCUGGCCGAAGCUAUGCUAGCAGGAGGUCAAGCUCCACCUCCGGAGUGUUUGAAGGCGGUACCUUCCAACCCUCGGCUGCGAAGUCGCUUGAUGAUGGCGCAGGCCAAGGUGGCAUUAGUUGAGGAGGACUUCAAAAAAGCCCUGAACCUGGCUUUGGAGGCUGUGCGGAUGGAAACCAAUGAGGGCGGUGAUGUCAAGGCCAUGCUGGUCUUGGCAGAGGUUCGGAUCCAGUUCGCAGACUACGAAGCCGCGCUCCGCGCUCUUUCCUCUGCUGAGCAAGCUUUGCGCAAGGAGCAGCGCGCUGUUGCUCGACCCUUACUGGACAGGGCCUUGGAAAAAGCGACCUAG